AUGGGAAAUUGUGCUGCUCAAAAAUAAAAAAAAUCAAGAAAUGAUGGUGAAUUAUAAUAAGUAGUGGCUCAAGUUAGACUAUCAUAAGAUUGUACUCUUAUUUUAAAGCAAAGAGCAAGCUAAUCAUCUCAUUUAAACCCUUUUAAGAAUCCUAUACUGAGUAGAAGAUUAAAAGAAAUGCCAACAUCUCCCAAUCCUUAGACUUAAUCAGAAUGA